GAAGGAGAAGAGGAGGUCUGCUGUGAGAGGAGAGGAGAGGAGGAGAGGAGGAGGUCUACUGUGAGAGGAAAGGAGGAGAGAAGGAGAAGAGGAGGUCUGCUGUGAGAGGAGAGGAGGAGGUCUACUGUGAAAGGAGAGGAGGAGAAGAGGAGGUCUACUGUGAGCUGAACAUUACCCAGCAGCCACGUCAAGUCGGGAUCAAGUCAGACACACAUCUACCCAGCAUGCAUUGCACCCGAUCGCCGGUGAUGGAUUUUGACCAGGACCGGCUCCCCAGUGAAGCUGCCCUCCCCUUGGCUGAUGGCCCAUGUGACAGGAUGAGCGGGAGGCAGAGCGAGCUGGAGGGUCGCCUUGAAGACACGCUGUCACGCAUCGCCACGGAGACGCAGGAGAUCAAAGAGCUAGAGCAACAGCUGACCGACGGUCAGAUCUUGUCUAAUGAGUGUCUCCAGAAGGAUCUUGAUGAAAUCAUCUUUGGCCUUCAGGAAUAUCUGAGAGGACUCAGAGAGCAGGCUCGGGGUUCUCUGCAGAAGGUUCUCAGGCUGCAGAAUGAGAACCAGAGUCUGCAGCUCCAUCUGGAGGUCAGUGAGGGUCACUGCAGGCAGCUGGAGGCCACGAGCAGGACACAAGCAAAGGUCAGAGGGUCACAGGGGAGGUUAGACAGGUCCUGGUAA